AUGUCAUCAAGAAAUAAAAGAACCAGAAGCCCUUCAAAAAGAUGUGAAUUGUCAGAGUUUGAGCAUGGUGGCAUUAUUUGGCUAUAUAAAACCAAAAAUACUCCAACUGAGAUCGCAAACCACAUAGGUAUCCCUAGAGCAACAAUCAACAUCACUAUCAAACGUUGGGAAGAAACUGGUACUACAAAACCAAAGACCAGACCUGGGAGACCUAAGAAACUUAGUGUCACGGAUGUUACAAGCCUUUGCUUAAGCGUGAGAUGUAACCCUUUUGAGAGUUAUGCAUAUCAUCAAAGGAAUAUGGCAGCUGCAGGUGUCAUCAUCUGUAGAGACACAGUUAUCCAAUAUCUUAAGGCCAAAGGCUUUGGUUCUUACACCCCUGUUUCUAAGUCAAACUUAAUCUGUGAACAGAAGAAGAAUCGGUUGUGUUGGGUCAAAGCUAGAGCCAGCUUUGGGAUUGAGGACUGGAGUAGGGUGUGGAAAAACCGUUGGGAAAUUAAAUGUUUUGACUACUGGCCAUCACAAAGUCCAGAUUUGAACCCCAUUGAGCGCGUCUGGCAUGCUCUAAAAGCCAAUGUUGAAGAGCUCAAGGCUUGUAUUCUUCAGAAAUGGGAGAGACUUGAUCCAGGACUUCUUUGUACUCUUGUAGCAAGUAUGCUGGAUAGAGUUCAAGCAGUUAUAAAAGCUUGUGUUUAUUUGAGACUAGAAAUCAAGGAAUCUGACUGUUAUUUAUUCGGCACAAGUGUAGAUCUACCUUAUAAUAUCAGGAACCGAUCUGGACAGAGACAAGGACAGAGAAAACAGAGAGAGAAAUAUAGAUAG